CGAACUGAAACCGAAACUCUUCUUUUUAGAAGAGAAAAAAAAAUGCAUCACCAUGUUGUUGGGCUCGAAGCUAUACAUGUACAGUAUCCCGAAAUCGUUGCGCAGCCACCCCACACUGUGACUCUAACAAGUUAUGUCAACACUUCUGCGGAAGACCUCAAAGACCGUGUCAAAGAUGCAACAAUCGUCAUUACUAGCGUGGUCAAAAUCACGGCGGAAAUUUUGUCCCCCGAAGUCACGCCGAAGUUGCAAGCCAUCGCGGCAAUGUCGACUGGGACGGACCAUAUCGACAUGAAAGCAGCGAAAGCGCGGGGGAUUCUUGUUUUCAACUGUCCUCACGCCAGUGCUGACGUCGUGGCAAAUUCCGCCAUUGGACUGUAUUUUGCUGCGAGACGUCGGACGGUCAUGAUGCAUAAUAUGGUUAUUCGAGAGCCAAGCGAGUGGAAGGAGAAAGGAUCUAUAGUCAAGUACAUGAAGACUGCACGAGGAGAUGCUCCUCUAAGUUGUGAAGAUGAGAUAUGUGGAAUUAUUGGCUAUGGGGGUAUCGGCAAACGAAUCGAGGCACUUGCCAAAGGCCUCAGGAUGCAAGUACUCCUGGCUGAUCGAAAGGCCAACGGUCAAAAGAAAGGCUCACAGGGACGGAUCCCCUUCUCGGAAGUGCUUGCCCGCAGCACCGUUCUCAUGAUCCUCGUUCCCAAGACUCCAGAAACACUGAAUUUGAUCUCAACAGCGGAGUUAGAGACCAUGAAUCCUCACGCAGUCAUCGUGAACAUCGCUCGCGGCGGCAUCGUUGAUGAAAGUGCUAUCGUGACAGCACUCAAAGAAGGGCUGAUCGCAGGCUACGCAACCGAUGUGUUCGAAAUCGAACCCGCAGAGGGAGCAAAGGACAGUCCCCUUCUUGCACCAGAUGUCCAAUCCUUGAACUUGACUUUUUCUCCACAUGCUGCGUGGUUUGGAGAACGUACGAGGCAUAAUCUGAUCACGAUGCUCAAAGCGAACAUCGAAGCGUUCAUAGCCGGCACACCGCAGAAUGUGGUAGCAUGAUUCAUCUCUACUGCCUUUUCCACUGCUCUCUCGUCAGAGAUAGAUCGAGGCUGUCCACCCAGACUCCACCGAUCUCGAAUGUCUUUUCGCGUUGACCGACCACCUCGAAUCCGAACUUCUUUAGAAUGUUGAUAGACGCCGCAUUCCUCGGAUCAACGUCGGCAGUGAUCUGUUCCAGUUCAAGAUCGUUAAAAUAAUAUGUCAGAGUUGCCGCUAGAGCUUCCGAUACAAGCCCUUGCCUCCAACGUGAUCUUGCGAUCAUGAAGCCUAUUUCGCUGCCGCUCCAUAUACCUAUUUUUCCAAUGGCGGUAUUGGAUUGAUGAUCGACUAUUACAAAGUCGGUAUAACCAUUCUGCGAACUCGAAACCAUACCUUGUACCCACUCUUCAGUCUCCUCGAUCGACUUGUGAGGAAGAGUGGACCAGUAUUUCAUCAGCUCGUAGUCUGAGAAACACUCGAACAAGCUUUGCGCAUCACCAUCCUUGGCACCGCGCAGGAGCAGCCUCGAAGUCCUCAGUUCUUUCCCGUGACUCUUGUCCAUUGAGGCAGAGUACCUUGUGCGAUUAUUUGAUCGAGGUUUGGAUAUAAUGAAUUACAGGCCAAGAAACUGCGCAG